UCUGGAAAACUAUUUUGCCCGCCAUUUUUCUCCUCUCCUCAGCCUCGUCCCAGAGCUCGUCCCGUCUCCUCCCUGUUGAAGGAAGAGUAAAACUAUUGUGAUUCGGCUCUAUACCUUGAUUCGUGGACAAGAAGAGUAUAGGAGCGCUCUGCAACCUCCAAACAGCACAUCAACAAUCCGCCGGAGAUUCCGCACGCUUACCCAUCGAGAAGACUACACUUCCCCCGCCCUUCUCCUUUCAUGCGCCCUCAGUGCAGAUCAUGUUUGCUAACACUACUCCAGGUCCUGUUUGCUUCAGCCUUACCUAUUCAUCGGUUCUUCGGUGCCAAUGCAGCUCUUACCACUGACAUCUUACCUCAACCCGCACCGUCCAUAUCAGGUCUGCAUCCUCCCCGCUCGGCAGGAUCGGUUGGUGGUGUUGACACCGCGGUUUAGGGGACACCCCCGACUCCAACAUUGCAUUGGCUGUCUAUGACGCAGAUGUUGAAUCACAGAGCUAUUCGUCUGCGAUCACCUUUGCCGAUCCACAUCUCAGUAUCCAAACCGUCACCAUCACCGCAUUACCUUCCUCGCAAGUUCCAACCGUGACUUCUGCAAGCCAAAGCGUUCCAGACACUACUGGUUCAUUAAUUACGACUCUUGAAACCGAAGGGAAUCCUCCCGUACAGCCUUUCCCUACAAGUAUUCAAACUGUUGCCUCGCCCACUUUGGAGCCUCUGAAUGGAACUGCUCCCUUCGGCAAUUCAACAGCGAUUAGUGCGCAGAGCACAGUGACCGAGACCAUCACAUUGCCACUGACAACUUUCGAAAGCAUCUCGACCACGCAAACCGUGGCAACCGUGGCAAUUGAAACGACCGCGGUUAUAACUGCCGUCACAGUCCUCAACACCACUAUUACUGCCGACGGGUCCAUCGUAGCAACAUCAUCCGCAGGUACAACGGUCCUUACUACAACUGGAACAGCACUCGUCGAAACCACUUUGACAGCGUCAUCAACCGUGACUGGGACGGUAGCAACAACCUUGACGGCGGCCCUCGGUUCAAUCUCAAGUCUCCCCACCGCCAGUCCGGCCUGCUUGGUGAGCAUGGGUUGCUCUGGACAGGAUAUCUUUCUGCCUGUUGCGCUGGGGCAACCCCCUAAUAACAUCGAACAAAGAGGUGGACAUCCUGUUCCGCGGCUUGGGAUUAUUGAUGUUGGCGGCCCAAUCGAGACAAAUAAAUUCUACGAAAACUUCGUGCUAGGCUCCCAAGGCUCUCCCAGUUUUGUGAUGCCGUACUCCCUAGCUUGGAGCAAGGGGAGUGGAAAUGCCUUGAGUUGGGGAAUGGCAAUAUCGCAUCUUGAUGACGACCAGAAGCAUUUUGGGCCGAACAAUACUGCGAUCCCAGGCGCACCAGCAUCUUACUACAUCAAUGGGCUCGGAAUCCAGUCGGUGAUCCUCUCCGCCGUCGAGUUUGGCUCAAACACAGUUCUGACAGCGGAUUCCUUGUUGGCGUUCUCUGCAAACAUCCAUCUUCAGCCUUCAACCGGCUCACCUUCGGUGCUUACCAUGUCGGUGGUCCAGGGCAUGGCCUUUAUCACUGGGCAAUACGUCAAUCUGCAGCCAGCGAUACAAAGCAGCGUCUUCUUCCGGAAUGUCGCUGCAGCGGGCGAACCGAAGCCAGGCAUUUUCAAAUACAGGGUCACUUUAGAAGACGGAAAACUGUGGCUGAUAUAUGCUAUACCAGCCAAUGGACUCACCCCCAACUUCCAGCUCAGCUCAAGUACGUUACUCCGAGGCUUGCCAAAUUGGUAUGGAGAUAUACAGAUUGCGAAGCUCUCUGAUGACAGUUUGGAGUCUAUAUAUGAUGAUGCGGCCGGCGCCUAUCCAACAGCUGGACACAUUUCCGGCUCCGCCCAGAACACGACCGCUCAAUACAGUUUGUCUUGGUCCAAGGGAGGGGUUUAUUCGAGCAACACGACUCUUCUCAUGUUUGCUUUGCCUCAUCACCGUGAGUCUUUCGACUCCUUUACCCAAUGCAACGUCACUGCGAUUGAGCUCGCCACCACAACCAAGGGCAACGCGACAGCAGUUGUGAGUGACUAUUGGGUUCUGGAGGAGCGCAACCUCCCAAUUACCCUGGGAUUCGCGCCCUGGCGACCAGGAAAUCCCACAGACUUCCAAGGGGCGAAUUCCCUCUCCCCUGCAGCGCUUUCCAUCAUACAAAACGUCGCUGCAACUGAAGCCUCUCAGAACAUGUCAGUCCAAACAAACCUCAACAGCAUGUAUUAUAGCGGAAAGGCUCUGAGCAAAUUCGCGCAGCUUGUUUACACCAUGCACGAUCUCGCGAAUCAGCAAGAUCUGGCAAACGCCGCGUUACUGGAGCUUGAAAGCUGCUUCGAGGUCUUCGCAGAUAACCAGCAACAGUAUCCUUUGAUCUACGACACGGACUGGAAGGGCCUGGUGUCCUCAGCGAGUUAUGUGACAGGGGAUCCCGGUGUAGACUUUGGAAACUCCUACUACAAUGAUCACCACUUUCACUACGGCUACUUCCUCCACGCAGCUGCUGUCGUUGGUUAUCUGGACCCUGCCUGGCUCAAUCAGAACAAGGAUUAUGUGAACGCUUUAGUUCGCGAUGUCUCCAACCCCAGUACUCUGGAUCAAUAUUUCCCGGUUUUCCGAUCCUUUGAUUGGUAUCAUGGGCACUCAUGGGCCAAAGGACUUUUUGAGUCUGGCGAUGGCAAGGAUGAAGAAUCCUCUUCUGAGGAUGCUAUGUUUGCAUACGGGCUGAAGAUGUGGGGCAGGACGGUCGGCGAUGCCUCCAUGGAAGCUCGUGGCAAUCUGAUGCUCGCAGUUCUGGCACGCAGUCUGCAGAACUAUUUCCUGAUGACAUCGGACAAUACCAAUCAGCCCGCCGCUUUCAUUGGGAACAAAGUGACCGGCAUCCUGUUUGAGAACAAAGCAGAUCAUGUCACCUACUUUGGUACUGAUCUGAGCUAUGUUCAAGGCAUCCACAUGAUCCCUCUCAUGCCUUUCUCGACGUUGACUCGGACCGAGCAAUUCGUAACAGAGGAAUGGAUCACAUACUUCGCAGAUGGCGCCGUUCGACAGGUUAUAGAUAUUACUGGUGGCUGGAAAGGCAUUGUGUAUGCGAAUUUAGCAAUCAUCAACCCAACAGCAGCGUACAAUUUCUUCACGCAGCCUAGUUUUGACAUGGGAUGGAUCGAUGGCGGAGCGUCCCUGACGUGGUACAUUGCAAUGAGUGCCCUGUUGGGAGGGACGCCGUCAUAGACAAGGGCUCCAGUGAGAGAGAUCUGAGCUCGAUCAGCCAACAGAAAGUUUGCAACAGACGGCAAUGAUCAGGGCAUGGUCUGGAAAACGGUACCGGCACACGCAUCUGAAUUCAGGCAAGGAUCCGGGCCAAGCACGGCAUCAGGUCUGCAUGAAGAGUGUUUGGCUUCCGGGAUCGACGCGAGUGAAUAAAUUCUGCUCC